AUGGCAGGUGACGCACGCAAGAAAGGAGGCGCCUAUAGCGACAACCCAAAGACGCGGAGAACAGUAGAGUAUCUCCAAAACCUCCCCGCCGAGAAGAAGAACGAGAAGCGCAAGAACUUCCUCGAGUACCGCUCUUUGAGAACUGCAUGCAUCACCUGUGCCAAGAAAGCAGACUACCAGCAAAGCCGCUCACGGGACGACAAACUUGCCAUGCUGCGUGAGGCCUGUCAAAAUGCCAUGGCUAACAGGCUGAAGAAAGGCAUCGACUACGAGGGCACUGACAUUGAGACCCAUGUCGCUCGCUUCCAUGAUCGUGCCUUUUGUGGCAGCAAGAAGAACGCCGGCGCCUCCGACGUUGCCAGAACCCCCAGUCCUGCCAGCGAGGCCGACGGCCCCAACCCUGACGCCGAGCAGUCUGCCAACGCCCACAACGACAGCCAGACUACAGGGCCUGCAAGCACUCCCAACACAACCAACAUAGUUGACUCCAUCGGGCACGAUAACAGCACCGCCGAUGAUAUUGACGAGGAUAGCCAGCUGCUUGAGGAGGGGCAUGAGAUGAUACUCCAAGAGAUAAGCGUCCGCGCGUAUAUCCAGGUCCAGACCGCCCACAAGCUGCGUCUCCUAGUCGAGGCUGCUGGCCUCUGA